AGGAGCUGAGCGAGGCGGAUGUGGAGCGGGUGGAGCAGCUGCGCCGUCUGUUCCAGCGCGACAGCGAGGAGGACGACUUCUGGUUGGACGAGCUGGAUGAGGAGGCGGCGGCUGCCCCCCACGGCGCCUCCCCCGACUCCGCCGCCCUGUCUGCCGCGGAGGAGGCGGCCCGGCAGCAGCAGCGGCAGGCGGUGGAGGCGGCGGUGGAGCAGCUAGCGGCCAGGAGCCCCUACGCGGCGAGAUUGCUGGUGGAGAGGCUGGCGGAGGCGGCAGCGGAGGCGGAGGCGGAGGCGGAAGUGCAGCGGGAGUUGGAGGAGGAGG